ACAGCUGAUCACGGGAUGUGGUAAAAGGCCAAUCACAGCGGCCUUUUACCACCUGAUCAGCAGUGUCCAAUGACACGCUGAUCAGAGGGAAAUGCAAGUGCCGGGCACUGAUGAUCAGUGCCCAGCAGUGGCACCCGCAAGUUCCGCCCACCUGUGCCCAGCAGUGCGCCCACUAGCUCCGCCCACCUGUGCCCAGCAGAUCACCCACCUCUGUCCAGCAGUGCACCCACCUGUGCCCAGCAGUGCACCCACCUGUGCC